GAGGAAAGAAGAGGAAGAAAGAUGAACUGGUGCAAAAGUUCAGCCAAAACGAAUAGGCCUAUUGCCAUACCAUACUCAUAGCAAUUUUACGGACGUGAUCUGGCCGUAUUGCCUCCGUUUACUCCAUGGGAGGCAGGAGCCAUUAACUAAGAAGAAGAAGAAGAGGUCGUGCUUGGUCGAUGUUUACAGACUCGUGCACGUUCCUUGGAAAGAAUGACAGUUGAAUUGAAGAAGUUUCUCUAUGGACUGUUAACUGAUGUGGAAGGUUUGCAUAGCAUAUUAAUUACUGACAGGGAUGGAGUACCUGUUAUAUCUGUAGCUAACGAAAAGGCGCCAGAAUUAGCUACAAGAGCUAGUUUUUUAUCUACUUUUGGAAUGGCUACGGAUCAAGGAAGUAAAUUGGGGCUUGGCAAAAAUAAAACCAUUAUAUGCAUGUAUAGUAAUUAUCAGGUAAUCCAGAUAAAUAAGUUGCCAUUGGUCGUUAGUUUUAUUGCUAGUCACAGUUGCAAUACCGGCCAUGUAUUAUCGUUGGAAAAUAAGAUUGAUCCUAUCUUAAGUAGUUUAAAAAAUGCAGUAGUGGAAGCCUGAUGGUUACCUGUUGUCCAUUAUGGGUGAUAAAUGCUGAACACUGUUCAGAUAUGAAUUUAUAAGUUAUUGCAAUUAUUAUAUAAACAAUAAUCUUUUUUUAAGAAUCAAAUAUGUUUUCACGUUUUUACUUGCUUAUGUGACACUUCAUUCAUAUUGCUGCAAGUGUGUUUGAAUGAAAAAUGAAAGACCUUUUAGAAUGAUUAUUAUAUGAUACUUUAAUGCAGAAAUCUGUAAAUAUAUGCCAAUCAGGGGAGAUCGCUCCGAUGACCUUGACAUAGGUAGGAGGGAGGUAGGGUGGCCCUCACUUCACCUGGAAGUCGCGCACCCCUAAGCAGGGGGAGAGAUAGAGUGGAACCCGCUUCACGUAGAAAAUCAAUGUAGAUUUCCAUAUUCCCUUAGUAGACGGAAUAUGGAGUAGUUCUUAAUAUUGUAUAGCAGAAAUAAGACGUUAUUUCUUAAACUUUUUGGUUAAUAACUUUUUAACAAAUAACGAGCGAUGGCUAAAAUCUCUUGGAGAUAAUUACUGUGGGUAAUGAUCUUGACAACAUGUGUCAAGGUCAAAGUCAUCGAAGCGAUCUUCCCCGAUCGGCAUAUUAGCCCAGAAAUCUAUUAGGUAUAGAGAUUCUUUUUGAGAAAUACAG